AUGGACGCACCCGCUUCACGCACCCGUCCUUAUUCAUUAGCGUAUGGCCUAGUUGAUAGCCCUGUAGGUCUCUUGGCAUGGAUGCUUGAAAAGUUUCAUAAUUGGACUGAUCAUGGCGGUAUACAUGACAUCGAGUCGUUACCAGAUACCAUUUCUGUUGAUGAAUUCUUGACGAUGGUGACCAUUUAUUGGCUUACAAAUUCCAUGUCUUCAUCCAUACGUGUAUACUAUGAGGCCUUCCACGAGGAUGAGACCAUGUCAACAUGCAUGGGUCGCGUCAAUAUCCCUACUGCGAUCAUCCAAUUUCCUGCUGAGCUUGCAAAGUUUCCCAGAGACUGGGCGGAAACGAGUGUAAACUUACAACAGUAUAAUGAACCGGAUGUGGGAGGCCACUUUCCGGCCUUGGAGACAGAUCAAUUACUAUUGGAUGAUCUUCAGCGCUUUGGGAAACUGUUAAGAACCAAAAAGUGGAUCAACUGA